AUGGUCCACCCUCCUCUCUCCGACCUGUACAAUUACACCCGAGGGCGCUUCGUUUGCGACGAGAAAACCGAAAUGGCCCAGCGACAUAUAAUCUUCGACGUCCACGAAUUAGGCAAAAUUGCGGCAGAUGCCGUCGGCGGGAGCUCCUGUUCUUGUGUGAAGCUGGAGAAAUUGCCGGAUGGAUUGUUCAACAAGGCUUUGCUUUUGACGAUGAGCGAUGGACGGGAGGUGGUGGCGAAGAUUCCGAAUCCCAACGCUGGGCCGGCGGGAUUGACGGUGGCGAGUGAAGUCGCCACGAUGGACUUCAUGCGCGAGACUUUGAGAAUUCCAACACCGGAGGUCUACGCGUGGUGCAAUGAUUCCCGGGAGACGCGCGUCGGCGCCGAAUACAUCCUCAUGGAAAAGGUCGAGGGUGUUCCUCUUGAGACUGUGUUUCCCUCCAUGUCGAUAGAGGACCGCUGGGCGCUGACCAGGACGAUCGGUGAAUAUCAGAGGACUUGGGCAUCGACGGUGUUCGAGAAGUUCGGGAGCAUCUACCACGUCGGCGAUUGCCCGGAUGGUGGUACUCCUCUGAGAUUCACCGAUCGAGAUGGGGUUUCCAGGGAGGAUGCGAGGUUCUCUAUGGGACCGACGACGGGGAGGGAUUGGAGCGAUAACGAUAGAUUGUCCAUCGCUUUUGAUAGAGGCCCAUGGAAUCAAGUCGUACAGUACCUCAGAGCCAUCGGCGAGAGAGAGCUCGCGUGUGUCCGACAACUCUCGAAACUACCCAAAUCCCCCGUGACUCUCUGCGGGCCCGGAACAUAUCAGCCCACCCGAGCGAAGAAAACCCAAGCCAUCCGCUAUUACCUGGACUUGAUCGACCACAUCGCUCCCACCGACGAAGCCCUCCGUCGAGCAUGCCUCUGGCACAGCGAUCUCCACACGGAGAACAUCUUCGUCGACCCCCUCCACCCGACCGAGGUGACGAGCAUCAUCGACUGGCAAUCCACCGAGAUCGCCCCCUUGUUCGUCCAAGCCCGGCAACCGUAUUUCCUCGAUUACGAGGGUGUCCAGCUGCCCGGGGUAGAACGUCCCGAGCUCCCGAGCGAUUACGAGCAGUUCCCCGAUGAGGGAACAGUCCGCGCCAACACCCUCUACUCGCGACAGGCUCUCCGCGCACUCUAUCGGACGCUGAUGGCGGGCACCGCGCCGGAGGUCUGGAAGUGUUGGCAAUUCCAGGAGGCCGCCUCGCCUUCUUCGUUUGACCUCCUGUCGCUCGCGCGGAGUCUCCUCGUCGACGGCGAGGCGACGUACACGGCCACCAUCCUCGAGCUUCUCGAAUCUUCCUCAUCCACCGGUCCUCCUCCCGCGGCGGCGGCGGUCGGGCUGGCGGCCAACAACAGCGACGAUAUCCGAACACUCAAGUCCUAUUCAUCGUCCGAGAAGGACGCGGUCAUGGCGGAUUCGGAGGGUGCAUUGCGCGGGAUGUAUGCCAUGCAAGAUGUUCGAGACAGCUUGGAAGACCUGUUCCCUGAGCGUGGGCUCGUGAGGUCGGAGCAGUAUGAGCUCGCGAAGGCCGCCCUUCGCCAAUGCAAGGAACAGUUCAUCGAAAGGAUUGCGCGCACUGACGAGGAGAAAGCCGUGUGGCGAGAGUCAUGGCCGUUUGAUGAUUGA